AUGGCUGCUUGUUCACAGAGAUUGGAAUUCAACUUAAACGAGAGAUACGAGGGAUUUGAGACUCAAAUCACAAGCUUAUCUUACAAAUCCAUUCCUUUAAAUUUACAACAACAAAAUACACUCUACUACUACUUUGUUUCUUCUCCUCUCCUCUCUGUUCCAUUCUGUGAAUCUAAACAGGAAGAUCAAGAAAGAAUGUCGAAAUUGUGGGUGGUUUGGUUGAUUUCGACUACAUGGGUUGUAAUGCUAGGGAAUGCUGCACCUUCACCAUCAAGCCCCUCUGUUGAUUGUUCCACUGUCAUCUUUGACAUGCUUGAUUGCGUUCCGUUCUUGAGCGAUGGCAGCACACAGACGAAGCCUACACCUGGCUGUUGUUCUGGAUAUCAGUCAGUCAUUUCUGUUGAUCCAGAAUGCAUUUGUUUUGCUAUUAAGAGUAGUGGCGAUAUGGGUAUUAAACUUAAUAUCACCAAAGCCAUGACUCUGCCUUCUGCUUGCGGAUUGCCUGCUCCUCCUGUUGAUUGUGGCAGUAAGCUGUCAUCUUCAUCUUCAUCUUCAUUUGGGUUUUUCUCUUGAAUUUGUUUAAGUGAUUGACCAUAUAUGUAUUUGAAUGCAGCGGCCCUUCCU